AUGGCAACCGCCAGUCCAGGUCAAGCAACGUCUUCAAUGACGCAGCAGAAUCGCUGCCGUCUGUUGCGUCUUCAAAUGCUCAUUAUAGACGGUGGACUACAAAUACUAAGAAAUAUUUUAGAUACGAAACUUAAAAAUGUAUCUCUUAGCGCAUUUUUACAACAAGAAAGGUCAACAAUAACCAAACUAAGAACGCGCGGAAUAAUUACACAGGUACAAUAUGAUCUACUGUUUCCAUCAGUUGGCAUCGGUCCAACUACAACAGACCUAGACAUCACGUUAAUCAUAUGUCUCCUUAGAAACAUCAAAACAUUCGGGUUGAACAAGAACUUUCAAUGGAACACAAUUCCUACCCAAGGUGAUACGACAGUUGAGGCUGAUAUAUCUCGUCUGAAAAUAUAUAGAAACGAGGUCAGUCACAUAUCUUCAACAAGUGGAAUAACGCUGAAUGUUUUCACAACAAAGUGGGCGGAGAUUGAACAGGUUCUUUUGAGGUUGAACUCGGCAGUGACUCCCAUACCAGACCUUCAAAUUAUGAUUGAUGACUUCAAAGUGAAUCCACUUGACCCACAGGCGGAGAGAAGGGUUCAGAAAGCCAUAGACAAUUGGCAUAAGUUAGAAACGGGUGUAGAAGCUGAAUUAAAACUGUUGAAAAUGGAGGACGAGAAGAUAAAAAGUACUCUUAAUUUGCAAUAUCAAAUCACGAGAAAGCAUACACAGAGAAUGGAUGAAUUAAACAAGAAAACGUGUGAACAUGAUAAACAAAUACAUGACCAUGCUAAGCAAAUACAAGAAUUAAAGGUUAAGGAAGAAACUAGAAAAGAUGACAAAACAGAGACAGGAUCAAAAUAUGAAGAAAGUAAACAAAAACUGAAGGAUGAACUAAUUACAUGGUACAAAACCAAUCAGAGUACAGUUCCUCUUUCACCACUCACAGAUGCUGUCCCUACCCCUCUAGCCGGGUUCUACAUAAUGCCUGAAAUUGACAUACAGAUUUAUCAGACUGAUGGUGGAAAAGAAACAAUUAGAGUCAAGUCGUUACAGGACCUGUUUAUUUCGGGUAGAAAUAUUUCUCAGGAAAUAUACUUAUCAGCGGUCGCUGGAUUUGGGAAAACAGCAUUUUCAAAAUAUCUCGCAUUGACGUGGUGUCAAGCUCAUCAAAAAGAUAAAAAUUAUAAGCAUUUUAAAGGAGAAGAGUUGAAGGUGUUAUCUGACUUUGAGUUUUUAUUUCUAGUGCUAUUGAGAGAUUCAGCUAAAGUAUGUGAUGUUGACGGCAUGAUUGAAGAACAGCUGAUACAAAAUCUCCCUUGCUCAUCUUUCAUGCCUGAAGGUCUUUUAAAGGACAUUCUACAUGACAAAAAAUGUCUUGUUAUAUUAGAUGGACUAGAUGAAUGGACUCAUCCUGACAACGAUUGUUCAAGACUUCCUAAAAGUAUUCCACAUCGAUAUGCACGUGAAAAGUGUGUAAUCUUAACAACGACCCGGCCAUGGAAGCUUGGAAUGUCAAACUUGAUGCAAAGAGGCGAAACAGUAGAGCUAGUUAAACUAAAUAAAGACAAUGCCAGGCAAUUUAAGAGUAACGCAAUGAAAAUAUUGAAUAAGAACUUUAAAGAUAGUGACCUGAAAAAUGAAGUGUGUAGAUUUGAACAAGCAAUCAGUGACCAUGACCUUGAAGAUAUGGAUACCACCCCUCUCCUAUUACUCUAUCUUAUAUGUUUAUGGGUUGAAAAAAUUUCAAUAGGAAAUUCAGCAGUAGAAUUAUAUACAGGCAUUAUUCAGCUUCUCCUAUCUAGAACAGAAAAGUUACAUGGAAAGUUUCAUUCAGCAUGUAAAAAAUCUCCGAGUUACGUCCCUGAAUGUUUCAGAAAACAUAAACAUUUUUGUAGUUACUACACGUUUCUUUUGACCAUUGGGAAACUAGCUUUUUAUACAUUUUUCAGUAAGAAAAAGGAACACAGAUUAGUUUUUGAUAAAAAUGUUGCUGAAAAAUAUCUUAAUCAAGAAGAUUUGAAAUCAAGCUGUCUAUCAGGAAUAUUAUCAGAAAGUGAAGUGAAAACAUUAACAAAUGAAACUUCUAAAAUCUCAUUUUCACACAAAACAGUGCAUGAAUACUUUUCAGCAAUAUUUAUGAGUUUUCAAAAUACAUGUGAAGUCCAGAGAAUCCUAUUUGAAGAGUGCCAGUGUUUACAAAAUAUUCUAGACAUGUCAAAAGUGUUUGUUUUCAUCAGUAACAUGAACCCUAAAUUAAUGUCUGCAAUAUCAAGUUAUUUAAUGCCUGUGAUAAACAAUGAUAAAAUAACAAUAAAAAGCAGAACUUUGACAAGAUAUAAUAACAUGUACAUUGGUCCAUUACAAGACAUACAAGACAUGUACAUUUCUUGUAAAUUAAUCUACUAUGGAGAAAAUGUAGAAGAGGAAAUAAUGAGCUUGUUAUUGAACCCAUUAAAAUGUUUAACUGUGGCAUCAGGUAAAUGGGAAAAUCAUAAAUUUGUAAGAGGACGUUACCUGCUGUCUGCUGAGAUAAAUAGACGACUGGUUAAAUUACAACACCUGGAGCGUUUACAUAUACAAGGUUUCACUAUGACCCACAAGGUAAUGGAGACAUUGUUUAAUUUCCUCACUAGUAAAAAAACAAUGAAAGAAAUAAGAUUGUAUCGUUUAUACUGUAGUGAUCAUGAUACUUCAUGUAGGGGAUUCAACCUUGACCUAUCUCAACAUUCACAACUAAGACAUUUAGAAUUGGCCAGGAUACCUGUGUCACAAUUAAACAUGGAUGUGUCGUUGUUAGAGGAUUGUGGUGUUGGUGGAUUAUAUAAACCUGGUGUUGCGUCAUCUUAUCUCAGUCAACUACCAGCAGCCAGUAUACUACAAACACUUACGUGUAAAUAUCUAGAAUCUUCCAGUGAUAUAGAAUCAAUGGUACAAACAUUACCAUUGUUACAUCAUUUGAAAGUUGUUAGGUUAAGGAGAAUAAAACUUGGUGAAAGAUCAUUUACACUGUCACCUCAAAUGAUCAAUAUUGAAUGUGUUACCUUGUCUCAUAUAACAAUGUCUUGUUCAGUGUUACAUGAUCUCAUUACUGUUAUAAACAAACUACCACAUACAGUGACAGUACAAAUGAAAGGUUGUGAUAUAAAACCAGAAACAAAAUUUAAAGAGUUUAAAACAUUCAUAAAACACUCAGACAAUUUUGUGGUCACACGUGAUCGCACCAUUAAGUCUGGAGAUUUCAAGUUUGAUUUCAAAACAACAACAAACUUGAAGAGUAAUCUUAAAUGA